AUGACUGGCCAUUCAAGUGCAAAUUUCAACAAUGGAAAGAACAGACCUGCUGCACCUGCUGUCAUUCCCAAUGGUCUUCCUACUCCUCAGAAUACCAUCAUUCAUACUCCAGGCAGCGAUUCUAGCCUUGAAUCUCCAAUCAUUGCCGACGAUGAGAUGCUUUAUGAGAAUACUUCAUUAUACACUACCAACCACGGCAUGGACUUCUUUGGCCCAGCAUACCCUGCUGAAAUGAACCUGUUCCAACCCCCACAAUCAUUGAACAUGGAAUAUUCUCCCAUCACGGACAACUCCUUCUCUCCUGAUGGACAAUCGCCAUUUGAUGCAAACUCUCCUUUCAACUCCACAUCUGUUCUUGGUGCUCAAGAUCAAUUCCAAGAGACUAUGCAAGCUUACCCACCAAACGAUGAAUGGGCCGCUUAUGAGCAAACUGAUCUUUACAGCGCCCCAGCUCAAAUCCAGAUUCCAUCUAACCACCAAAUCUACCAAGAUAUCAUGGGUCAAAAUGCCAUGGCAUUCGAGACCUCGGGUGUCACAUAUCAAACUCAACAUCAACAACACCAACCCCAACAACACCCACAAUCUAUGGCCCACAUUUCACCUAUCGGUGAAGGUAAUACCAUGCUUUACACACCAAAAUCUAUGCAAGAUUUUGAUGAGGGAUUUGAAGACUUUGUUCCAAACAACACUCGCAUGACCACCAAUGGUGUUCAAGAUUUCCAACUCUUUUCUGCACCUCAACAAAGACAAAACAGCAACCCUGCUCCACUCUUUGGUGAAAUCAUUCCUCAAGCACCACUUGGAUUUCCUGGCAUUCAUCCCGAGGAUUUGAUUGCAUUUUAUGCUCAAACCGCUGCUAAUUCUGCUGCUGGUACUGGCAACCACUUACCACAAAACCACUACCAAAACCAUCAACAACCUCAACAACAUCAACAACAUCAACAACAAUUGCAUCAAAACAUGAACAUGACAAUGGAUUGGUCUUCUGAUGAUUAUGGCUACAACAGUCAUUAG